AUACGAAAUCAAUUGUGUAAUAUUUCGAUUCCUUGUUAGGAAUAGUUUAUCAUCAGCAUAUUUUUUUUAUAUAUAUUUUUUUAUUUUAAGUUUCACUUGGUAAAGAAUGACAAAAGCAGAGUUGAUUGCUUUUGCCGUACGUGUUGUAGGAGUGACGUGAAGUGAUUAUUAGGGUGGAUCCCUAAAAUGUAAAUGGACAUGAUUCAUAAGCGUCACUGCACAAAAACACUAGUAAAUCCCCACAUGUUCUUCAGUUCCCAAAACAUUACAAAGGUUAGGUUUGUGGGUAUUACUGUGUCUAGAGCCAUCUUUUAAAGGUGUUCCUUAAAAAGAUUAUCUGCACCACUACACACUCCUGAUUAAAUUGAAGAAAUGGUAAGUAAAUCUGACUGUUCACUUUUAAAGCAGUUCAAUAUUUGGUGUAAAAUUGUUAUAAUAAAGCUGAACAUUUUUCAGAUUCUUUUAGCUGUGAGUGUUAGUUAAUAGCACUCUGGUUAUUUUACAGAAAUGCUCAUAGGAUUGGACAGGAGCUUGAAGGCUAACAGCAAGGAACUGUGCACACUGGGAACUCAGAUCUUCCCAAACUCCAUAUUGGUGGUAAAGAAUUGACCAGGAAAAAUAAAGAAAUCUGUUAACAGGCCAUGGAUGCACGUGUGGUGAAGGAUAUGACAACAGGGAAAUCAAAGGGGUAUGGAUUUGUGUCCUUCUAUAACAAACUGGAUGCAGAGAAUGCCAUAGUACACAUGGGCGGCCAGUGGUUAGGAGGACGGCAGAUUCGAACCAACUGGGCCACUCGGAAGCCGCCGGCCCCUAAGAAUACUCAAGACACCAGCCCAAAGCAGCUGAGAUAUGAAGAUGUUGUGAACCAGUCAAGUCCACAGAACUGCACUGUAUACUGUGGCGGCAUCCAGUCAGGGCUCUCCGACCACCUUAUGCGGCAGACAUUUUCACCUUUUGGGCAAAUAAUGGAAAUCAGAGUUUUCCCAGAAAAAGGCUAUUCUUUUAUCAGGUUCUCUUCCCAUGAAAGUGCUGCCCAUGCUAUUGUGUCAGUGAAUGGAACAACCAUUGAAGGCCAUAUUGUUAAGUGCUACUGGGGCAAAGAGUCACCUGAUAUGGCAAAAACUGUCCAACCUGUAACAGAACAACAGGUGGAUUAUGGACAGUGGGGACACUGGAAUCAGGUGUAUGGAAAUCCUCAGCAGUAUGGCCAGUACAUGACAAAUGGAUGGCAAGUGCCUUCCUAUGGAAUGUAUGGACAGACAUGGAAUCAGCAGGGCUUUGGAGUGGAACAAUCUCAGUCUCCUGCCUGGGUGGGAGGUUUUGGGACUCAGCCCUCUCAGGCACAGCCUGGCCCUGUGAUGAACCAGGCUAACUUUGGCAUGGCUGGCUACCAGACACAGUGAUUUGUUUGUCACUGUCCAACAUCUUAGUCAUUUUUUUUGUGGGAGCCCUCUUCCCCAUGUGAGGAGGGAAUAAAGAGACUAAUAGAAGUCAUUGACUUUUUCCCGGAAAACAUGCAGAACUGACCUGAAUCAGGGUUUAAGUGCAAAGAAGCAAAUUUUGAUUAUAGAACGCCUUCAGCAGGAAACUGAAUUUAUUUGCGAAAUUUAUUUUCAUUGUUUUAAUGGAGUCGGACAUAAUAAACUGUACAUUUUCCCCUCCAUCUGUAUCCAACAAUAUAUUUGCUUAUUGCCAAUUACAGGACGUGCACAGGUACAUUGCAAAACGCUGUACAUGAUCUAAACACAAUGCAUUUUAAACAGUUUCAUUUCUCCCCUUCCAAAUAGCUGAUCGUGUUUGCUUGUUAGUUACACAACGGACUUCAAAUUUUGUACCUAAAGAAGCAAAACAAACAUUCUGAUACAGUAAACAGAUGUAAGUAAAGGCACUUUUUGGGGUUCAUCGGACCUGUGUCUUGUAAAUGUUUAAGUGUAAAUGAAUUUCUAUGUGCAGUUGUGUAUAUUUAAUUCACAUUAGCUCCUCAUUUCUCUCCAAAUUCUAGAGUUUGAUACAGCGUGUAUGAUGUUAUCUUUUUACUCUGUUUUACCGACAGUGAAAUCUCGUUCAUUUUAAAGAAAGGGUUACUCUGUCUGAUUAUGUAAAUAACCUUUGAUAACUGGGUAUGGAAAAGGGUUUUCAGCACAUCGUCUUUUUUUUUUCUGGAUAGAGCAGAAACAGCGCUGCUCUUGAUAGACACAUGUUUGUGUGGCUGACAUGCUGAAUUCACUCAGUGUUACAAAGAAGCCUUAAUUUGCAGUCACACAGUUUCAGUUUUACUGAACUGAGACCCUUGUAGAAAGAUGUAUUGUUGAUUUUAGACCCUACAGUAGAUUUACUCCCAUUUGCAGUUUUGACAAAUAUGCGUGCCAUGUUCUCUAGUAGCCAGACAAAUGAGAUUUGGGGAUUUUUUUGGGGGGGACUUUGUAGAUUUGAAAUGCAUGCUUCAAAUCACAUUUGUUGAGGUUGCUUCAGGAACCGAAUGUAAUAGGUAAAAUGUUUGAAUGCAGCCUAGCAUUUGAUAAUUUUAAGUCUAAAUGAGUCUCAAUAAAUGAACCGUUGGACUAGGAA